CUAUUGCGCAGUCCAGUUAAACUCUGUCUCCACUGACCAGAUACUCAAUCGAAUGCUUAAAGAUUAUAGGGAAGGAGUAGAUGAGGAAGACAAUCAGUAUCUUCAUUUUCACACAGUCAUCGCUUGGGCAACAGCGUCCCAGCAGCAGUCACCUGCAUUGGAAGUGAAGGAGAGAAGGACGGUUUUAACGAGAGGCUUAUGUUGAAGAAGUGAGAUAUUUUGGCUUCUGUCGAAGUGAGGAAGGAGUGAGCAGGUGACAGAGGUGUAGUCAUUCUUGAGACACCAACAAUGACGCAAUACUUUUUCGAGAAGCCGGGACAUGCUGCCCUAUAUCAAAAAUACAGACUUCCUUCACCCAAUGAAAUCAACGACCUCAUCCUCAACUACCUGCAGACAAAGAAAGGGAAGCCAUUCACCCUGGCAGUGGAUGUUGGAUGUGGUUCAGGUCAAAGCACCAGGGGAUUGACUUCUUACUUUGAAGAAGUGGUUGGGAUUGAUAUAAGUGAAGCUCAAAUUGAAGAGGCGAAGAAGAUGGAAAGAUCUGAUAAUGUCUCUUACAGACAGGGCCUGGCGGAGGAGCUGGGGUUCCAGGACGGUUCUGUCGACCUGGUAACAGUGGGAGCUGCAGCACAGUGGUUUGACUUGGAGAAGUUCAUGAAGGAAAUUGACAGGGUUUUAAAACCCAAAGGCUGCCUGGCUCUCUAUUGCUAUACAGUUCCCUGUAUACUGAAUUUCGAUGAUUGCUCUGAAACCCUGACCCAGAUUAUCCAAGACCUGUUCACAGAACUCAAACCCUAUGAGACGAUUGCCACAAAAAGGGUCUGGAAUGAAUAUCGUGAUCUGUUUGAUGCUAUCCCUUUCCCAGACAAAGCGAGAGCCAAAGAUAUCUUUAUUACGUUUAAGAAACCUGUCUCAUGGUUCAUUGGAUAUCUAAACUCUUCGGUUUUAUUUCAAACUUACCUGAGGGAAAAGCUGGAAGAUGCUAAAGCCUUCAUGGAAAAUACUGAACAAAGGCUUCUGAAGGCCAUGGGAGUGUCCAGUGAGGCUAUUGUAGAAUUCCGUACCAAAUAUUACUGUCUCUUGGCAAGCAAACCUGAGUGAUAUCUUCAGGCCUCCCUCCAGAAUCCUUCAUAUGACACAGACUAACUUCUAUCCGCAAACCCUGUGACUCUCCAAGAACAAGAUUUCAGGGAAUUUUUGUUGCUGACGUUUUGUCCCCUGUCUCGGUGACAUCCUCAGUGCUUGGGAGCCUCCUGUGAAGGGCUUCUGUGAUCUUCCCUCUGGCAUUUGUAGUGGU